CAAUAGCAGAUGAGAAUCUAAAGGGGACAAAAUUCUCUCGAACCCUCUCAGAGAAAUCCAAAAUUUCUCACUAAUGGCCAUCGCACCACAGUUCUGUCGUCUUUCCAUCGGAAAUGGUCUCUGCUUACCAGGAACUCGUAUCGGAACUUUCAGGAAACCUUUCCCCGUUCGUUGUCACGUCAGUGAUGCUUCCUCAUCAGCUUCUUCUUCCAGUGAUUCAGACUUCGAUACUAAGGUGUUUCGUCAUAACUUGACCAGAGGCAAGAAUUACAAUCGUAAAGGUUUUGGACAUAAAGUUGAAACCCUAGAACUUAUGAAUCAAGAGUACACUAGUGAUGUUAUUAAGACUUUGAAAGAAAAUGGAUAUGAAUAUACAUGGGGAAAUGUUACCGUGAAAUUAGCGGAAUCUUAUGGAUUUUGUUGGGGAGUUGAAAGAGCUGUUCAAAUUGCUUAUGAAGCGAGAAAACAAUUUCCUGAGGAAAAGAUUUGGAUUACUAAUGAAAUUAUUCAUAAUCCUACUGUUAAUAAGAGAUUGGAGGAGAUGAAAGUUGAAUAUAUUCCUCUAGGGGAUGGGGAGAAACAAUUUGAUGUUGUUGAUAAGGGUGAUGUUGUGAUUUUGCCUGCUUUUGGAGCUGCAGUUGAUGAAAUGUUAACAUUGAGCGAGAAAAAUGUACAAAUAGUUGAUACAACUUGUCCAUGGGUGUCUAAGGUAUGGAACACUGUCGAGAAGCACAAGAAAGGAGACUACACUUCUGUCAUUCAUGGUAAAUAUGCUCAUGAGGAGACUGUUGCAACUGCAUCUUUCGCAGGGAAGUAUAUUGUCGUGAAGAGUAUGGCAGAGGCAACAUAUGUUUGUGAUUACAUCCUUGGGGGGAGCCUUGAUGGGUCUAGUUCUACGAAAGAGGCAUUUCUAGAGAAAUUCAAGUUUGCAGUUUCCAAGGGUUUUGAUCCAGAUGUUGAUCUUGUUAAAGUAGGCAUUGCUAAUCAGACUACAAUGCUGAAGGGAGAAACUGAAGAGAUUGGGAAAUUGUGUGAGAGAACGAUGAUGCGCAAGUAUGGAGUAGAAAAUGUUAAUGAUCAUUUCAUAAGCUUCAAUACAAUUUGUGACGCCACUCAAGAACGCCAAGAUGCCAUGUAUAAGCUGGUGGAGGAAAAGGUUGACCUCAUCUUGGUAAUUGGAGGAUGGAACUCAAGUAAUACAUCCCAUCUACAAGAGAUUGCCGAGCUCCGUGGGAUCCCUUCUUACUGGAUAGACAGUGAGCAGAGAAUAGGACCAGGAAAUAAAAUUAGCUUUAAAUUGCUUCACGGUGAGUUGGUUGAGAAAGAAAACUGGUUACCGGAGGGUCCUGUUACCAUAGGUGUAACUUCAGGUGCUUCCACCCCGGAUAAGGUGGUUGAAGAUGCACUGAUCAAGGUAUUCGACAUCAAACGUGAUGAAGCCCUGCAGCUGGCGUAAGGAUUGUUGUACCCUUGCGAACUUCCACAGAAAAUGUAUUGUGUAUGUUGGCAAAAGAAAGUAUAGUUAUAAGAUAUAUAUAUGACUCGUCCAUAUCAUUUAGAUUGGAUGAUUGUAACAAUACCAAUUGAGAUCUCUUUUGGUGGACGCAAAGUAAAUUAUGUAUUAUUGUAAAAGGGGUUCUUACGUGAAUAUGAAUACUGGAACGGAUACGUUUUUAGGAAGGUAUAAUAGUGGAAUAAUACUAAAUGGGGAUUCAGACAAUAUAUCACUCCCUUUCA